AAGUGGUAUUUGCUUGUUUGCCCUUUAAGUUCAAGGCACUUUUAUAAUAUCUGAGGGUAGAUAUGUAAAUUUCAGAACCAAGGUUAACAUUUUCCCCAGGAGUCAUCGUCGUCGUCGUCGUCGACAGUGUUGUUGUUACCAAUCAAAACUAAGCGCCAAACAACUUUUGUGUCUCUGUGAAUCGAUCGUUCUCCUUUCUUCACUAUCGAAUUAGGUUUUCUGCGUAAUCCAAUGCUAACAUCGGUGGCUAACAGCACUCUCUGUUUUCCAUCAUCCACGUUUCUUUCUCAUCGACCUCAACGAUUCUCGAAGAGAAUUUCAAGAAACGGGAAAUGGGUUUGUCAAAGGAGAAGACUUUAUGUGAAAUCAGAGGCGAAAACGGAUGAAGCAUCGACUACGAGCAGCAAGUCAUCGAGCUUCUUGUCUUUUCUCUGUCCAUUGCUUAAAGUUUUCUCUGUUGCAACUUCUUCAUUAGCAUCUGUUGCAAGACUUCCAUGGGGAUCUCGAGUAUCAUCUGGGGGCAUAGAUAACCAAGAUGUUGUUUCUUUUAAUCCUCCUUUGCGUUUGCAGCUUUUUGAAUUUGAGGCAUGUCCCUUUUGUCGGAGGGUGCGGGAAGCCAUGACUGAGCUAGACCUCUCUGUAGAAGUUUAUCCUUGUCCUAAAGGAUCUGUGAGACACAGAGAACUGGUUAGAAGAUCUGGCGGAAAAGAGAUGUUUCCAUUCCUGGUCGACCCGAAUACUGAAACUUUAAUGUAUGAAAGUGGUGACAUCGUGAAGUACCUAUUUAAACAAUAUGGAAAUGGAAGAGACCCUUCCACAGGACUUCUGGAAAGCACCUUGUUCACUGGAUGGAUGCCAACACUUCUCCGGGCAGGUAGAGGAAUGUCAUUGUGGGAAAAGGCUUCAACAGAUCUGCCACCUAAAAUGCUCGAGCUCUUCUCUUACGAGAACAACCCGUAUUCACGGUUGGUGCGUGAAGCACUGUGUGAGCUGGAGCUCCCCUACGUAUUACACAACAUUGGAGAAGGGUCCACACGGAUGAAAUCACUUGUAAAUGCUUCAGGAUCAAAUAAGGUUCCAUUCUUGGUUGAUCCAAACACUGGUGUCCAAUUAGGUGAUUACCAAAAGAUUCUGGCUUACCUCUUCAAGACUUAUUCUUCAGCAUAAGUGCUUAGUUUGACCCCAAGUAUACACCAUUAUUCACAAGGAUCAGGAUGCAUAGUUUGCAGGAUCAGGAUGCAUAGUUUUACACAAAGAGGCCCUUUUCUUAUUUUAAGUAACUUGAAAACUUUUGAUGUAUAUAUAAUUAGACUAAACACCUGUAUUGUCUUGUGUUUUGGCAUCCAAUUCUUGUUUUUCAAGCAUCAGUUUGAUAACACAAUC